GGCCAGCACUGGCCCCGCACCCGGCUGGUACCGACGCGGGGACACAGCGCGGGCCGAGCCGGGUCUCGCUGGUCCCGCGCCCCGCCAGCCCGGCCCGCUCCGCUCCAUCCCUGCAGCUCCCACACCUCCGGCGGCGGGGCCGAGGCGGGGCUUGGCCGCUCGCCCCUCCCCGGCGGCGGCAGCAGCAGCAGCAGCACCGUGCGCCGCCAGCGGCUCCUGUUGCGCCGCCGGUGCCCUCGGAGCCCCGGCCCUCCCACCGCCGUAUAAAGCCCGGGGCGGGCGGCAGCGCCCAUCGCUCCUGCCCGCUGCGGAGGAGGAGGAGCAGCAGCGGUACCGCGCCGCGGCGGCCCCCAGGCACCGCUUUCCCCUCUGGUUUUCCACGCCCGCCCCUCUCCCCCCGCUGUCGGGGGCUGGUGGCGCGGGCAGGCCGGCGGGUGCGGAGGGGGAAGAUGGCGUGGAGCGGCGCCCGGUGGCCGCGCCUCCUCCUGCCGCCGCUGCUGCUGCUGCUGCUGGCCCUGGCGCUGCGGGCGGCGGCGGAGCGGCGCCCCGGCCCCGCAGAUAAACUACUAGUCUUUACUGUAGCAACUAAAGAAACCGACGGCUUUCACCGUUUCAUGCAAACUGCAAAGCACUUCAACUACACAGUGAAGGUUCUUGGAAAAGGUGAAGAGUGGAAAGGUGGUGAGCUGCCUAACUCUAUUGGUGGAGGGCAGAAAGUUCGAUUGCUGAAAGAAGGCAUAGGAAGCUAUGCUGAUCAAGAGGACUUGGUUGUAUUGUUUGUUGAAUGCUAUGAUGUUAUCUUUGCAGGGGGCCCUGAAGAGCUCCUAAAGAAAUUUCAGGAAACUAAUCAUAAAGUGGUGUUUGCAGCAGAUGGACUCAUUUGGCCAGAUAAAAGGCUAGCUGACAAGUAUCCUGUUGUCCGGAGUGGAAAACGAUUCCUGAACUCAGGAGGAUUUAUUGGUUAUGCUCCAUAUAUAAAUCGUAUUGUGCAGCAAUGGAAUCUGCAGGAUAAUGAUGAUGACCAGCUGUUUUACACCAAAAUCUAUGUUGACCCAUUGGCAAGGGAACGCAUUAACAUUACUUUGGACCACAAAUGUACAAUUUUCCAGACCCUAAAUGGAGCUGUUGAUGAAGUCCUUUUGAAAUUUGAAGAAGGAAAAGUAAGAGCAAGGAAUUCAGUGUAUGACACACUACCAGUCACCAUUCAUGGAAAUGGUCCAACUAAAAUUCACUUGAAUUAUUUGGGAAACUAUAUUCCUAAUGCUUGGACACGGGAAACUGGUUGCAGUGUUUGUGAUUUAGACUUGUUAGACCUGUCAACAUUAACGGAAUAUCCAAGAGUAAAAAUUGGUGUUUUCAUUGAACAACCAACUCCUUUCCUACCUAAAUUUUUAGACAGACUGUUGACUCUGGACUACCCACGGGAGGCACUCAGUAUAUUCGUUCAUAAUAAUGAGGUUUACCAUGAAAAGCACAUCAAGAAAUUCUGGGAAAAAGCCAAGAAUAUUAUUAAAAAUAUAAAAAUUGUUGGACCUGAAGAAAAUCUGAGUCAAGCAGAAGCCCGAAAUAUGGGAAUGGACCUUUGUCGCCAGGAUAAAGCAUGUGAAUAUUACUUAAACAUAGAUGCAGAUGUUGUGCUGACAAACCCAAAAACUUUAAGAAUACUGAUAGAACAGAACAGAAAGAUAAUUGCUCCGCUCGUAACUCGUCAUGGGAAGCUUUGGUCCAAUUUCUGGGGUGCUUUGAGCCCAGAUGGUUACUAUGCCCGAUCAGAAGAUUAUGUUGAUAUUGUCCAAGGGAACAGAGUAGGAGUAUGGAAUAUCCCUUACAUGGCUAAUAUAUACUUAAUUAAGGGACAAACUCUCAGAUCAGAGAUGAAAGAAAAGAACUACUUCAUGCGUGAUAAGUUGGAUCCUGAUAUGGCACUCUGCAGGAAUGCCAGGGAAAUGGGUGUUUUCAUGUACAUUACCAACAGACAUGAAUUUGGAAGACUUCUUUCUACAGCCAAUUACAAUACUUCCCACUACAACAAUGACCUCUGGCAGAUAUUUGAAAAUCCUGUGGACUGGAAGGAAACUUAUAUAAAUCCAAACUACUCAAAGAUCUUCACUGAUAAUAUAGUAGAACAGCCAUGUCCAGAUGUGUUUUGGUUUCCCAUAUUUUCUGAUGCUGCCUGUGACGAACUGGUAGAAGAAAUGGAACAUUUUGGACAAUGGUCUGGUGGAAAACACCAGGACAGCCGUAUUUCUGGAGGUUAUGAAAAUGUCCCAACUGAUGAUAUUCAUAUGAAGCAAAUCGGACUGGAUAAUGAAUGGCUGCAUUUCAUAAGGGAGUUCAUUGCACCAGUAACGCUGAAAGUGUUUGCUGGCUAUUAUACCAAGGGGUAUGCUUUACUGAAUUUUGUUGUGAAAUACAGCCCUGACAGACAACGGUCACUCAGACCUCAUCAUGAUUCCUCCACGUUCACAAUCAACAUCGCUCUCAACAAAGUAGGAGAGGACUUUCAAGGAGGUGGAUGUAAAUUUAUUAGGUACAACUGCUCCAUUGAGUCUCCCAGGAAAGGAUGGAGUUUCAUGCACCCGGGAAGACUUACACAUUUACACGAAGGACUUCCUAUCUUGAAUGGCACAAGAUACAUUGCAGUAUCAUUUAUUGAUCCUUAAUUUUAUUUUUUUUUCCCCUCUUCAACAGCAGUGUUCUUUACACAAACAUUUAUUUAUAGAUUUCUUCUGGAAGAUGGUGAUAAAAGAAACUUUAAGUUCUUGUACCUACGCAACAAAGGUACUUUGGGGAAAAAGAAUGAAAAACAGAAAAUGUUCUGAUAUUGUUGAAGAUUUCUCGAUAUCUGCUCUGAGCCUUCAGUCACAAAUAAACGUGUCCUGCUUGGUUUUCCAUUCUGCUGACCUAAAGAGUAGGUAAGGAGGGCAAAUGGAAAAGCAUAGUGAAUCCAUGUCUUCGUUGAGAAAAAAACAAACCCAAACAACUCUAGAUACAAAAUCAUCGGAAAAAAUUGUUGUGGUUUUCGUUCAGUAAAGCGACACAGCUAAAGUUUGUGUGGUCUGUAUAUUUGGUACCAAGCAGUGAAAAAUCACAACAUAAAAACAAAAUGAAGUGCAUCUUGUUUACAGUUGUUUCGGAUAAGCAAUAAUUGCAUAUGCUGGUAUAUACUGAAGGGAAAAUAUCCCUGUAGCCUGUUUCCUUAAUUCAUUUUCAAUACUGAAAUGUACACCUUUAGAAGAAAAAAUAAAUUAAUUGCAGAGAUAGAACAAGGAUUAAAUCAUUUAUCCAGGGGAAAAAAUGGUUUAUCAUUUGUUUUUGAGAACUCAUCCUGUUGAAAACUUACUUUUCUUCAGCAAGUGACCUUCAUUUAAAGUGAGUUAUUUUUCUAAGUGUGUAAUUGCACCCAAUUGAUACUGGAAAUUUGAUGUUUAUUUUCAGAAUGCUGGUAAAUUGUAAUAAUAGGAUGUUUUGUAGAGACAAUUUUCUACUCUUAAAAUUACUUGAAUUUUGUAUCAGGAAGAUGAAAUGGUGGCAGUCUCUCUUUAAAGCUAAGGGUCUUAACUUGACAUUUAUUUUAAAGAAAUUGGUUUAAAAUAUUCCUACUGUAUCUACUGUUUGUAAUUUAAAGAAACUUGAAGCUGUCUCAAAGUCUACAGUGCCAAAAUGCACAACAUGUUGGAAAAACUUGUGAAAAAUAAAGGGUAAUUUUAAAUUAA